AUGGUCCUCGGCUUCGGCAGCAAGAAACCCAAGAAUCUUCCUCCUGAGACACUUCCUGAACGUCCAAAGGAGAACAUCUCGGUCCAAAUCCAUCCUCUUCCGACCGAAGAUGGAUUGAUCGUAAAGAUCCAGCCGCCCAAAGAGCCGGCUGCUGGCAGUACUCCAUCUGCUGCAACACCCUGCGACUUGGUUUUGUGUAUCGAUGUGUCAGGCAGCAUGUACGACGAAGCUCCUGCCCCGGCUACACAAACUGGGAUCGUAGAAGACCUGGGCUUGUCGAUUUUGGACUUGGUCAAGCAUGCUUCCAGGACCAUUAUCGAAACGCUCGAUGGAAAGGAUCGAUUGGGCAUCGUGACAUUUGCUUCUCAGAGCAAGGUUCUCCAACCCCUUACACACAUGACGCCGGAGAACAAGAGUGCCACGCUCAAGAAGAUCAAGGAGAUGGUCCCACUAGACAUGACGAACCUGUGGCAUGGGCUUCGCGACAGUCUCAACCUGUUCAGGGAUGAAGAGGGAAAGCCGAAACACAGCGGUAGGUUGCCAGUGGUUCUUGUCCUCACCGACGGUCAACCGAACCACAUGUGUCCUCCUCAGGGGUACAUCCCGAAGCUGCAAUCUAUGGGAGCUCUCCCCGCAACUAUCCAUACGUUUGGGUUUGGUUAUUACCUUCGAUCUGGGCUGUUGAAGUCCCUGGCCGAAUUUGGUGGCGGUAACUACUCUUUUAUUCCCGAUGCGGGCAUGAUUGGCACCGCAUUCAUCCACGCCGUAGCCAAUCUCCAAUCAACCGUCGCCAACAACGCCAAGUUGCAUAUAACCUACCCAACCUAUUUGCAACUGGAGGAGACGACGGGCGAAGCAGUCGACAAGCAGCCGCCGGUUACACUCGGCGGUGACGUCCCCGAUUGCUUGUCUCAGCUGACCAUCAGCCUGGGCAACAUCCAGUACGGCCAAUCGAAAGAUAUCUACCUGCGCUACGGCGGCGAAGCCCAGGGCGCAGCCUUACUGCACAAGCAUGCUGAGGCGACCGGCCAGGCUCCCAUUGUGACCGUAGAGCUGCAGUGGCAGCAGUUCACUUCGACCAUCUUCUCGGAGUCUACGCAGAAAAACAUUCUAGAAAAACACACCUUGUCGCUGGAGCCGAACGAGAUCGCUUACCAUAUAUCCCGGUCGGCGCUCAUCAGCUUCCUCGGGUCUCUGUUCCCGCUCAAUGCCGAGCUGGAGCAUAAUCCCUUAGGGUUUUCGCUCGAAGGAGCCGACGAUCAGGCCCAGAAGGUCCGCGAUAUCGCGGCUUUCCUGCGCAAGACCGCCGUCUAUCCCCCUACCAAGAGCAUAGACAACACCUCAGAUUCAACUGAAUUGACCCUUAGCCCCCUCUGCAAACCCCUCUUCCUCGACCUUCUCGGUCCCAUCCCUGCCCCUGAGCAAACUCAAUCCCCCAUUUCGCUAGACGACUUCAUCUCCGGCCCCUCGUCGUCCUGGACCGGCCAGAUAGCCCUGGCCAUCACCCGCAAAGAGUACCACUCCCGCUGGGGCAUCCAUUACCUCCCAUCUCUUGCGAGUGCCUACGCGCGACAGGUGUGCAACACAUUCAAGGACUUUGGCCCCCAAGCCUUUGGCAGCGAGAGCCCCCUGUUCAAGGCGUGUCGGGAUAGGUUGGGUCAGAUCUUUGACUCGCUCCCGCCGCCGGAAGGUAGCAGGCCGCGGACGGCAGAUCCCGACGGUAUCACGAGCGGGAUUGCGAGUAUGAGCAUUUAUAACAAUCCUUGUGCUGGGUGCUUUGCAGGGCUGGCGAGGGUGGCGGUUGUGGUGCGUCCGGCGGGAGGGAAGUGUCGUGGUAAUGAGGUUGGUGUCGAAUGGGAGAGGAAAUGGGUUAGGAUUGGGAGGUUGAGGGCUGGUAUGUGGGUGUUGACUCCUAGGGGGCCUAGGAGGGUGGUUGCUGUGGUGAGGUUCCAGUUGAGAAGGGAGAUUAUGUGUUUGGUUGGGGGAUCGAAGGGUCAGGGUGGAAGUAGUCUCAGUGGGUUGAUGAUUACACCGUGGCAUCCCAUCAUGGUGAGACGUGGUGAUGGGUAUCGGUGGGUGUUCCCUAAGGAUGUCUCAACCAGGCCGGUCAGAUACACAGGGCCUGUGUGCUCGGUGCUGUUGGAAAGGGAUUCGGAUCCAAAUGCUCAUGCCAUCCUGGUUGACGGCGUUUGGGGCGUGACUCUGGGCCAUGGCCUGAAGAAGGGGGAUAAGAGGAUGGACGUGCGGAUACAUGAGUUCUUCGGUGACUACGACAAGGUGCAGAGGGCGUUGUCGAGGCUGUCUAGGAAGGGCAGCGGCGUGGUACCUGCGGGGGGGGUUUCCCGUAAUCCUCGAACGGGCUUGAUCAAUGGGUUUGUGGGAGAACAAAUUGAUAUGAGGAAAAUGGAUUCUUUGAGACUAAGGAAAGGGUCUACCACGAGUUGA